GAGUCGGGUGGCUGUGCAGCCCCUCCCCUGGUCCCCGUGCGCCUUGGGGUCCCGUCCCGGGUGCUGCCAGGGCCCUGGGAGGUACGGAACUGGAAGGCCUGGAUCGGCCACCGCGUAGGGGCCGCUUUACGUGGCAGAGCCAAAGCUCCGCUGACUGUCUGUCUUGGGGCUGAAGGCUGAGCAUGGGGAAGAGUUGCAAGGUGGUCGUGUGCGGCCAGGCAUCCGUGGGCAAAACGUCCAUCCUGGAGCAGCUUCUGUACGGGAACCAUGUCGUGGGUUCUGAGAUGAUCGAGACGCAGGAGGACAUCUACGUGGGCUCCAUCGAGACCGACCGGGGCGUGCGGGAGCAGGUGCGCUUCUACGACACCCGGGGGCUCCGAGACGGGGCGGAGCUGCCCCGCCACUGCUUCUCCUGCACCGACGGCUACGUCCUGGUCUACAGCACGGACAGCCGGGAGUCCUUCCAGCGCGUGGAGCUGCUCAAGAAGGAGAUCGACAAAUCCAAGGACAAGAAGGAGGUCACCAUCGUGGUCCUGGGCAACAAGUGUGACCUGCAGGAGCAGCGGCGCGUGGACCCAGACGUGGCUCAGCACUGGGCCAAGUCAGAGAAGGUGAAGCUGUGGGAGGUCUCCGUGGCCGACCGCCGCUCCCUGCUGGAGCCCUUCAUCUACCUGGCCAGCAAGAUGACCCAGCCGCAGAGCAAGUCCGCCUUCCCCCUCAGCCGCAAGAACAAGGGCAGCGGCUCCUUGGAUGGCUGAAGAGCUGCCGUCCCUUCUUCACCGUCCCAGCCCCAGCCCAGCUCCUGGGGCUUUGGAAGAGGGGGUGGGGGGAAAGGGGACCGCCCCGUGCCGCCAGUGCAGGCAGCCGGGCCGUUCCAGGCCCUGGCCCCUUUGGCUCCCUCCCAGCUCCGGGAAAUGCAGAUCACCUAGGUUAGUGCCCCCCAACCUCCUCCUCCACCCCAGCUUUCAUCACAUCUGCCCCUCGCUGACCGAGGGCAGUUGUGGGUCAGUGCCCCUCCCACCUGUCCUGGUUGGGAAGCAGAGCUGCCAUGCACAAGUGCCCACUCUGGGGGAUUGUUCUGAUCACGGGUCCCACACCUCUAGGCUUCUGCCACACACACACACACACACACACACACACACGGCACCAGCCUGGACUUCAGGGAGAGGGCUCCCAGGUAUCGUGUGUGUGUGUGCAUGCAGAUGUUGGGGGUGCCUCUUCACCCAGCACCCUGGCCUUCCUCCUGUCUGUGUCUUGGCUGGAAGAAGCCAGCCUCCCGGGAAGUGUGAUUUUUCUACUUGACCUCUUCCCGCCAUCGUUUUGCUUCCUCUUCCGGCUUGCAGAGCAGAUGGGCCUCGUGGGCUGGGUCACCAGCUGGCUUUGUGACCCAGCAAGGCUUUUCCCCUCUCUGGGCUUCUGUUUUCUCAUCUGUACGGUGACAGGAGUUUCUUAGAGGUGACCUGGAUCCACUCCAGCCCUGUGAUUUUAUAACGCCGGUGGCUUCGGGCUAUCUGACCGUGUGUGUGUGUGUGUGUGUGUGUGUGUGUGUGUGUGUGUACCCCUUUGCUUCUCCCUCUUCAAGGUGCUAUGCCCGCCCGCCCUGGAGGCUGGGACACUGCCCUCUGACAACCGCCAGGGGGCAGGAGCGCACUCUCCACUCUAGUUGCCAGAAUGGCUGCUUAGUGCCCAAUGGGGAACCUCACACCCAUGGCCGCCGGUCUUCACCCCCCUCCUCUGGUUGUUUUCAGCCAAUAGCUGGGCUUUAUUUAUAAAUUUCCUGUUUUAAAUGAAUAUGCUGCCACGGUGAAGGCUGGACAAGGUGCUCCUCUAGCCCUUCUUACCUCAGUCGCCUCAACAGAACAAGGCACACAGGUGUCAGCUUCUCGGGAGCUGACAGGUCUGUUGGGGCCCAGAAGGGUGGUCACUCUCUCCACACGCUACAAAGUGAGCUUAUGACCCACAGCUUUCCUAUGGCCACUUUUGUGCUUCUAAUGGACACAGCCGGGCCACCUCCAAUGCAGGCCCCUUCUCCCCGAAGCAGGAGGGGUGGGUGGGGGCAGGCGGCCCAGGGCUGGGCGAGUGAAGUUGGGGCAUAUACAGGCUCGGGCUUAUUGUUCAUUUAUUAAUGCAUUGGACACAAUAAAACCACAACUGUUAUCAAAAA